UAAAUGGUCGUCCACAAUUAUGUGAGUAGAAAUUGCGCUUCAUGAUUUUUCAAAUUCAAAUUAUUUGCAGUGACACAUAAUUAUUUUCCAUAAAAACGAUGAACGUGCUCUACUUUGUGUAUUGCUUUGCUAUUUUGAAUAGCAAAUCAAUAUUUUCGAAUGCUAAUCCACUCAUGGGAUACAACAUCGAAUAUGUCGAAGCUCGUGAGUUGGAUUUCAUAGUCUCAAUAAGUAAGAAAUAUCAUCCAGGUUCCUACGAAGAAGACAGUCACAUUUGUGGUGGAGUGCUGAUAACUACUAGACAUGUUAUAACAUCAGCACAUUGCAAAUGUGAACGAGCUGUUGAACUUGAUUAUUACACCGUUAAAAUUGGACAUGAUUUACGAAAUCCGAAAGCUAAUUACAGUAUUGAAUCAUGGAUAAACUUCAAAAAAUGUUGUUGCCCUUUGUUCAAACGACAAAAUAUAUGCAAUGAUAUAGCUGUACUUAGGUUAUCAGAAGAUAUACGUUCGAAACUAACUAGAGAAAUAGAAUUCCCAGUACUAAAUUAUUCACCAAUCGAUCAAUUUUACCAUAAAACUGUUUUGACUGCUGGCUGGGGUAUCGUAAAUUCUUUGGUUCAUCCACGAAUGAUGCAGAAAACAGUGAUGAGAACAAUAACUAAGGAAGAGUGUCAGAGGAACAUUGACAAUGCUCCAAAAGUCCCGAAUUCAAAUGGACGCACACGGGAGAGAUAUAUUGUGAAAAGUCAUGUCCUUUGUAGUAAUGGUAACCCAAUACCCGGAAGAAUACCCUACACAUCGCUUGGAAGCGGCGACAGCGGCAGUCCUCUUAUCUUCAGAAACAAUCAGAUAAUUGCUAUUAACCAAGCUAGUGUUCCAGUGGAAGGUGCUCCUUACGUUGCGUAUGAGCAAACAGUGCAUGUUGUUCUUAAACCUUAUCGGAGAUUCAUUGAAAAUCAAUUAGCAGAGAGAAGAAACGGUGGAUGUUUCGGAACAAACUAAAUUUUUAUGCGUUUUCAAGAAUUAUUACAAGUGUAUAUUUGUAAAAUUUUAACUUGAACGAGGAGUUGAUGUUGGUAAAAGUUAUAAUUUUGUCAACACGCAGAGAAAACAAAACAAGAAAACGCAAAAAUUUGCUUAAACAAACAA